GUUCUACUACCUCUUCCGUACAUACAUUUUCGGUAGUUUUACUAUCCUUCUACCAUCCUAAGACAUUAGCAAUAUUUCAAUUUUCCCUAUGUCUUCUGCAGAAGUCAAAUCACUACCCACUCUCUGGCUUGCACCCCCUCCCGGUUUCCUCCACUCCCCACAUCAUCCCGCCAUCGAACCCGCGUCGAUCGCCACCAGCGCCCUCCUCGCGACCCUCAUACUCAUCUUCUUAGCCACAUUCCUCAUCAAGAAAUUGCGAGGAAAUUUCCUGGAUUCUACGAGCGGAUCGCCUUCAUCAGAGCACGCAGACAAACACCUCACGAUUAGUGGACCACUGGACGAUGUACUGCGGCGAAAUAGAAACAGAGAUAAUGUAAUGGAUCAGCCGGUGCCAAGGCUGUGGUCGGGGUUCUCGAGUUCGAAUGAGGAUAUUGAACGGGUAGGCGUUGGACAGGUGGGUGAUGGGGGAGGAAGAGAGGAAGCGGUGGCGGGGGAGAGGAGGAGGAGGGCGGUUGAACUCGCCAACACGCCAGCGAGAAUGCCGGAUACUGCGCGUAAUGCUACUCCAGCAUACCCGCCUUAUCCUGUUGAAUUGGAUGUUCUUCCUCGUCCGCCGCACGGCAUUCAUCAUCGUUAUCCGGAUACGUACGCUGGUCGUCCACCGCCACCCAAGAUUCCAAUGCCCCAACACAACCUCAACACUCACACCACCAGCUACAACACCACCGAUAACAAAGCCUCAAGCUCGCUUCCCCCACCCCUACGCCCCGCACCUCGCAACCCACGCUACUCCUUCGGCGACGACACAACCGUCGUAGGCGACAAAGCCGAUGUCGAGACUCUACGCAGCGAUCUAAGUUUCCCGGAUACGGACUCGGAUAAUGCGAGUUAUGAGGAGGGGAGAUGGAAGGGCGGAGAUGGGAAGGAGAUGGGGUUGGUGGGUAGGCAUUGGGAGUGAUUUUGUCUUAGAAUGAUAGGGGGGGAGGAGGAGGAGGAGGGAGAUAUGAUAGUGUUAACGAUUGUGGUUGGAAUGAAUGGGAAGUAGGUGAUGUAUGUUAUCUUAGAAUCCCAAUAAUGUUCUUGACACAGAACAAAUUUAAUCUUAUCAUCACUUCAACCGCCCAAAAUCAGCCCUAACCUCAACAUCCCCCUCCUCCCCCAAAACCUUCCCUCUAUCCCA